AGAUGACACAGCAAAGGAAAUGGUGACUUUCUAGAAAAACACUUGACUUGUUUUUUACUUCCUUGUUGAGAGUUGUUUUUAUCCACUUUACCACAGCUAUACAGCAGUUUUCCCAUGAGAGUUGGAGUAUCCGGAAUUCACUGAAAUAGCCUGUGCACAACCUGUUUUUGUUUCCCUAAAGUAAUAAGUCACACUUGCUGGUCAAUCAUCAUGGGAAUGCAAGGGAACCGUAAAUUUUUAAUGUGACAGUUGGCAACUCUAUAAAGAUCUUGAAAGUCUUAGAAGGAAGUAGAAUCAGGAUCAAUACACUUUGAAAAGAGACUCGGCAUUGUGUGUGUGUGGGAAGAUCGUGAUCACCACAUGAACAGUUGUUUGUGCAUAGAGGACUGCACUAAGUGAUUCUUUGCAAAGUGACCCUCAUGGGCACGACAAACACUGUGGCCGUUGUGUACAGACUGACACUGCAAACAAAAAAAAAUUCUCCAGAAGUUGAUGAUGAGCUUAUCAUCGCUGUAGGUGUACAGGCAGGAUGCAGCUAGGUGUCACGUGGGAAGAGGAUUUACUGCCAGUUGUGAAGGAAACACAAUAGGAGGAUCAUAUCUGAUCAAAUAGCGGACCAUUUCAGUGGACAACACACCAGUGGAUGAUCAAGCAUCGAAUCAGGAUGGAGCUGUGUGGGCUAGUGAUCUAAUUAUGCAGUCUGGCUGAUACCGCGGCAUGAUUAACUGGCACAUUUAACAAGGAAGCUGAUAAUGCACUGAGUGCAAUUACAUCAGGCGGACUACAUUCAAUACGGGUGUAUAGCAGCUGGGAAAGCACAGAUUCAUGACCACAGGAUUUUUGGAUGUGACCAUGGAUGGGGGCUUUCCCAAUUCGACUGUCAAGAUGAACUGCACGACAGUGGAACCAACAAACUCAACCCAGGAGGAGGAGGAUCAUGUGUUUAACAUCAUCAGCGCCUGUGCGUGGAUCAUUACUGUGCUGCUCAUUCUGCUGCUCAACAUACUGUGCCUCAUCAUUUUGUCCCGGGUGAAGGAGUUUCACGACGCCACCAAAAUCUUCCUGAAGUCCAUGACCGUUGGGGAUCUGGUGCUGGGCCUGUUCUUCUAUCUACCCAUGAUCGGUGUCUCGUUCGCAGGAAGGAAAUGGCCCUUUGGUGGGCUAUGUUUUGUUCAAGCAUGGAUGAUCAGGCAGGGCCUUCCGGCCUACAGCCUGUCCCUGCUCCUAGUCACUAUCGAUAGAUACAUUGCCGUUGUCUACCCACUGAAGUAUAAAAACCUGCUAACCCGACGACGAGCCAAAGUAACGGUAUUCAUAGUCUGGAUUCUGACGAACAUUUACGCAUUGGUGUCGUCCAUCAAGGCCAACUGGAAGAGCAGUUACAAUCCCUACCUGUUUGUGUGUACAUACGAUGAACCCGAAAACGAGUUCGCAGCUUUUUUACAGACCAUACUAAGCAUGGCAAUAGUACUGAUCAUCAUCUUAAUGUACAUACGGAUACUCAUCAUCGCUCGGAGCCAGGCUGCACUGAUCGCGUCCCAGCAUCCGCUAGUCACCAUCAAUGGUGAGUUACAAUCACCACCGCCCAUGAACCGGAAAUCCUUCACCACCAUCUUCAUCGUCACCAUGACGCUCUUUCUGGGCUGGCUACCAUCUUUGGUCAUGGGCUUCAUGAAUAAAUCCCAAGACAUCGCCCCUCAGGUCAGAGUGGCUUCCCAGAUACUACUAGCGUCCGUGAGCUGGCUGAACGUUAUCAUCUACUACGUGCGCAAUCGGGCCUUCAGAGAGGCAGGUCAGACCUUUCUACGCAGGACGACCAGGAACUGUUGCGGACUUUGGAACGAAGACAAUAACAACUUUGGACAAAGCUACGAACACUCCAGAUCAAGUAGAGGAGCUCAGGCAUAACAAUUAAUAUUAUUGUUUUGAAUGUUGAAGUUAAAGUUAAUUUAACUA